GGCAGACCUUCCUUGAAAGGGAGUGAAUUUCCUGCCUCUGUGGGUCAUCAGGGCUGAGGCGAGCCAGCAGCGAACAGUCAGGCAGAGGGAGCUGGGAGAAGACACACAGCCCGUCUGUGGCGAGCCUCAGUCACGGCAACCCACAGUCCACCCUUGCUUUCCCGGCCUGCCGCUUGGCCUCAAUCCUCAGAGCUUCCUGAAACGUCCCAAGGCUGGAGUGGAGACGGGCCGAGCUGCCCCGGCUGCGCCUCUCGUGUCCUGUUGCGAAAUUCUGCAGCCCCGUGGAAAUCAGUGCUCCUGACCUUCUGCCUCUAGACACGGGCUAAGAGCAGCCAGGAGAGGAACGAAGUUCGCAUCAUGGAGAUGGUUCGGUGCCUCGGGCUGCUUCUGGCUUUUAGCAUAGCCACAAGUGCAAGCCCAGUGAACGUUCAAGAUUGCACCCUUCAGCCGCUCGGACAGGGACAGGGAGUCAAAGUGGUGUACUCCACCAGCAAGGUCCCAAGCGGUUGCGUGAGCCGAGGUACUCCAGAAGCUGAAAUCCACAUCCUCUACCUGCAAUACAGAGACAGGAGCGGGGUGUCCCAGCUCCAUCUGAACGUGUCAUCAGCAGACGGAAAUGGCACCCAGCAGCGGAAAGUGGUGUUCGUGGUGAGCACCAAUGCCUUCUCCGUUUUGACCGUCCAUGGAGAAGAAUCUGCCUUACCUUAGUCUAGAACUCUGGAAACAUCAUGCUCAACGGGAACAACAAAGAAACCAACCAAACUGAACUGCCUUCCUUUGCCAGUGGUGAGGAGCUCUUGAACUGGGCCAAGUUACAGUACGGGGGAGUUUCUUCCUUCACCAGUGUAGAAAGCCCUCAGCCGAUCCACUUUCAAGUAGGCAAAGAGAUCGGCACUUCUGAGGACUGCAUCCCAGAGACAAAUUUCGAUGCUGGGCAAUACCUUGAGAUGGAUGUCAUCUCCUCAGAGAUCAAAAGCUGUCCUCACCCCAGCAAGCACCCGGGGAAAGAAGCGCAUAUCGUGUGGCUCCAGCAGGACCAUCAGGAGUCUGGCAUGCAAGCCGUGGAGUUGAACAUGAAUGUGACUUGUGACAAAGGAGAUCCCUUGAAGGACCUCAACGUGGUGCUGGUGCUUAAAAGCCGGCAGAGCCUGCAAUGGAACAUUGGCUCGACACCCCAUUCUGUGCAAUUCUUGGUGUCUGGCAAGUACUGCUUGAAGCAAAUGAACACUGGGGAGAUUGAUGGCACGACCCUUCCAGAUAGCCAAGAAGGCCUCCUCAGAGUGGCCCACGACAGAGGCUUUGACUUCAUUGCUUCCUAUACAGAGAUACCCUCCGCCAACCGCAUCACCCUAGAAGUAGUCCGAUGUGCCGAACAUCCGACAGAGGUGGCCACGACACCACAGGCAAGUAGUCUUCCUCACAGCACUACCAGAGAGAUCGAAGGACUGCUGAACAUCGUGAAGCCUUGGAGAUGCUUGGAGAACACCAUCGAAGUUGCUUUGGCCAAGCAAUAUUUGCACGUUUUAAAGGACCCCAUCACUAGCAUGACGCUCCGGGACCCCCACUGCAUGGCGCAAGAUAACAAGACACAUUUUGUUGUGAGAAGCUUCCUGGAAGAUUGCUUCACCCAGGUGGAGAAGGGAAUUCUGGUCAAGAAUGAGCUCAUCAUGACGCUGGCUUCUCUGCAGCAAGUCACGGUGCCUUUUGAAUGUGACCUCCCAGAGAAGCUGUCUGUCCAGCUUUAUCCGACCCCAGAAUUCGAAUUGCCGUCCACGACUCUGGAAGUCAACAAAGUGGCCUAUGUCCAGGUGUCACUCAGAACAGCCGACGAAGAGUCAUCUGUGCAGCUCCAAGAAUGUUCCCUAAAAACCACCGGCAAAACAUCUUUGCCCCUGAUCCGCAACGGCGCCUCUGCCAGUUCCUCUGUGGAGAUCGUGGUCGCUCCCUACAACCCUCCUGGCACCAGGAUCCAUCGCUUCCGAUUCGUCUACGAGGCUGAGGAUGGAGGGUGGUCCAGUUCGUCCGCCACCCUCGUCUGCCAGGUGUCUCUGAACCACCAUGAUCCUAGCUCCUUUGAAAGCUGUCUGGAGCUGAAGCUGAAGAACCCCAACUCUCUACCACACAAUCAAGGCCUGGGGCUCGGCACUGUAGGCGGAAUAACUUUUGGAGCCUUUCUAAUCGGAGUCCUGCUCACAGCAGCACUGUGGUACAUCUACUCCCACACACGCCCGCUGGCCAAAAUGCAGCCCGUCUCAGCGAAUCCCCCAGCCUCAGAGAGCAGCAGCACCAACCACAGCAUCGGCAGUACGCAGAGUACCCCCUGCUCCACCAGCAGCAUGGCAUAGCACCUCCAGGCCAGGGAGCGGACGGGACUGCCUGCCCCUCCUUAGGAGAUGGUGUCAGAACUGGGGACUGUGGGCCUUCUCCAAGCCAGGAACAGGAAAGCCUUUACUGGAGAGGGCAAAAGAGAAGUUGCCUGGUUUUUCAAAAGCUCCUGACAGGGGAGUGACCCAUCUCAGCCAGCCCUUUGAGGCAACUCCCUGGAUGUCCAUCGAGCUCUCCAGCCAAACAGGAUCGUCCGUUCUGUCAACCAGUUUCUGCACUGUUUACCAAACUGAGACCCUAGCCGGUUCCUUCUGCAGGGAAAACCUUUGGCUCACAAGACCACCGUUGCAGUCCCGGAGAGCCAAGCUAUUUCUCCUGGGACUGGACGAUUCAAGUUGAUUAAUAACAGAAAACGACGUGUCUUUUUAUUUAAAGUCAUCUAUUUGUUCACACGGAUCGCAGGGGCCGAAAUGGGAAGAUACCUCUCCUGCAGCCACCGGGGAAGCUGCGGCACCAUCGGCAUGUGUUCUGACUGCUGCUUGUGGCGAAAAAAAAAAAGCCCACGUGGUGUAAUGAUUAAAGGGUCACACUCGGGUGCGGGAGACCCUGGUUUUGUUUCCCACUCAACUAUGGGUGGUUUCGGGGGUGUUGUGAAGUUUAAAAUAAGGGAGUAAGAGCCGUUGCUUCUUGUAGGAAGGGUUAGGAGAAUGUACUAAGUCAGGGGUCUGCAACCCGUGGCUCCGGAGCCGCAUGCGGCUCUUUCAGCCUUAUGCUGCGGCUCCGUGUGGCCUGGAGGUCGGAGGGUAGCGUGGGCGUGUCCCUCCAGGAAAGGUGAG